CUCCACGACUGUAAGCGGCUUUUCCGACAAUGGAGGAGAGAGAGUCUCUGGUGGGCCUUCGUGGCUUGUACCAGGAUCUUUCUGCUCUUUCGGACUCGUCGUUGGUAAACAUUGACCGGCUCCGUGUUGAGCUAGAGACGCACAUCGACGACUUCAGGAAACUGUUGGACAAGCCUAUGAAGAACAAUGCUAGUCGACAGGCUAUUAUGUCGGGGAAGAUCACCGUUGACGACGUGGAAUAUUCCGUCAAUCAAGAGUUCCAACAAGGAGUACUCGAACUGGCCGAUUCUAUUAAUAUCGAUGAGUUGCAAGCGGCAAAGAUGUUCCUGGUGGCCCAAGAGGAGGCUCAAUUGUUGGACAGGCCCCCUCUGAUCGCUGCGAUUAUGCGAUUCCACGAGCGUCGGCUAUUUCUGUUGGAAGCCUUACGCCUCGUUUUCCAAGAAUCGUCCUUCGAAGUGGAAAAGGAAAUGACUCAGGAGCUCAUGCAAGAAGUGGUGGCUCAUGUUCUCGAGAUCAAAGGCGCUCCUUUACGAAAUGCUUCUCUUUAUGCAAGGAAGGCCAUGGGCUCGAUGGAAGAUAUUGAGAAAACACUUAUCCUCCUCGGUGAGCAAAUACAAAAGGCAUCGAUCGUUGGUCAGGCUGGGGAUCCCGAUGUCAUGGAAGCCAUUGAAUACCAACGGAACAGCUUACAGCAACAACACGAGUCACUUGGCGCCAUCCUAUGCUACAUGUUCAAAGGCCCUUACACAAGUCCCGAAGAAAUCCGACAUCUUUUGAAUCGCUUAAGAAAGCUGGACCGGUUUGAUGGACUGCUGGUCCAUUAUAUUCCUUCCAUUAUCUCUUCCUUCGUCAAACAUGGUUCUCCCGAGAGUGCUGCUUCGUAUAAGGAGGCAAGAAGUCUACACACGGCAAUCACUUCUUCAAGCAAAGAUGGCCAAGCUUGGAUUCUGCCGACAUUUCAUUCCGCCGUAAUCGCAUUGUGGCUUGCUGUGUACAGUGGAUGGGACUAUGACGGGCCAUCGUCUCCGCUGCCAGGUGUGGACCUCGAAAAAGAGGCGCAAGAACGUACAAAGAUGUUUAUGACGGCAUUGGACGACGGGGGCUUGGAUUUCAUUCUUGCUGUUUGCUCUGGGGUAAACAACGAAGAGCAGGGGGAUCCAGCCCGGGGUGAGUUGGUGACGCUGUUAUUGAAGGAGAGCACCGCAGCGAUGCCCGAGUCGGACUCAUGCUCGGAGUAUCUAAAGAAGUUAUUGAUGGAAAAUCUGGAGGUAUUCGUGGAGUCGUGUGUCGCGAAUAUGCCCGACGCUGUUCGCAUGCUGAAGACCGAGGAAGACACGCAGCGGUUGGACCAAAUUACUGCUCUCCGAGAUGGCUUGACAUCUAGCCUGCAUCGUGGACUGGUGGAGGCUCGCACCCAUCUCGAAUCAUUCCUGAUGGUGAUAGCCUUUGCAUUUGAUAACCGACCUGAUGCAGCACAAGAGUUCUGGGCUGAUCAAGAUGGCAAUCUGUACGGUUUCCUCCAGUGGGCCUCGAAAAGGCAAACGGUUCCUCGCGUGAGUGCCUUCUGCGAGCUGCUUUGCUCCAUCGCUGGCGGGGAAGAAAAUGCCACUGCUGCACAUAGAUUUCUGUCUGAAGAGGACAAGUUUAUGUCUGGCAAGUUCCGGCGCUCAACGUCUAUGAACUGGUCCCAGAUGUUUGCCGAGCUCCAGCUCUAUGCCUCUCGCGUAACCGAGAAACCACCAACGACAUCGCAGGCCAUAUUACGUGCGAGAAAGCCAGAAUCAGCCGACAUGAGCGAGCCAGAAAGCCCGGUGAUGCUGACCUGCUAUCUUAGAUUGAUGGGUCACUUGAGCAAACAGAGUGCUACUAUAAGAGAAUGGAUGCUGCAUCACCCGUCGUUUAACCUGGUCAGUACCUUGCUGACACUGUGCAGUGGGCCGAUACCCACUCACCUGAGAGCCACCACCUUCAAAACCCUUGCGGCAUUGAUGACAGAUAGGUCAACUAUAAACGGACAUGAGAUGUGGCUUUCGCUUGAUCAGUGGAUCUCUGGUGGAUCAAUGGGUGCGUCGGGUCUCAGCAAAGCUCCGAUGGUCUCGAACCCUCUCGUGUGGCACGAGCAGCAAGCGUUUCAGAAGAUCAGCGAGAGCUUCAAUCAAGCCAACGCAUUUGUUGAUCUGAUCCACACUCUUGUUUCCCCGACUCUCGAUACUGCCGGAAACCCCUUGUCGCUAUCGUUCCCAGAAUCACUGGGGUCUUCCUAUCGCAUGCCAGGAAUUGAACCCUAUGUCGACCUUGUUUUGGGCCAAGCCUUGUCCAGGAAGGUACCGGACCUCAAUGAGCAGCAAGCCCGUUUGUUGACCUACAAUUGUCUGGAUUUCGCUUUGACCUGCCUGAGGAGCUUUAAUGAGAACCUCGUCACAGUGCUCAGCCAGCCCACGGUGGCUUCGGACUCUGCACUCAAGACAUCAUCUUUGGUUGCCUAUAUUCGUCUUCAUCCCUUCGCGCGGGUGGCUGAAUGGCUGUUCAACGAAGAGGUUCUCAAAGCUAUUUUUGCCACCGCCCACCAAGACAUUAUGGAGGUUUCCAGAGCACCAUCUGAAUCCACUUUGGUGCUGGGUCUGCUUAGGAGCCUUGAGGUUAUGGAUGAGAUGAUGGAACUUCAAUCGACCUAUCUCAAUAUUGUGCGACCACUAAUCAGAUCCCAGGCUGAGGGCAGCAGACUCAACGUAGCAAACUCGGCGCUUUCCUCCUUCGAGGACAGCAUUUUGAAUAACUUGACUAUCGUACCUGCUUUGUGCCUUUACUGCGGAACUGGUCAUGAGCAGCUUACCGUGACGUCGAUGGGGUUGUUGGAAAAGAUGUCAAGCUCAAAGAGACUCAACAAAUUGUCGUCCCCUGAACUGUCCAAAUGGCGCCCCUCAAAUAAGAUUGUUGAAGUUCUGAGCGCCGAGGUGGAUGUUGACAGCGUGUCUCGUCCGCUCGUAACGCACAUGCAGCUUGAGCUAAGAGAGUUAGAGUCUGGAUCGCAAUCUGCCGGUUACGUUAUCCGGGAGGGCUUACUGGCGCUGUUGAAUACAUGUCUCGGAAUGAUCACGGACCGCCCAACAGUCGCUCACCUUCUGCUUGGGUUCAACAGCGUUGGCAACAUGCUUGAUGUGACUCCAGACGGUCUCUUUGCGAACCAGAUGUCCCUCCUGCAUGCCGUUAUUGGUUUCUUGGAAAGUAAUCCAGAUGAGGUGGACGGGAAUAUUCUGCCCUGGAUGGUGCAUCUCAAGUGCAUGGCGCUUGAAGUGUUGAAGCAUCUGUGGUCUUCCAAACUUGCAGCUUUCUUCACGCUCUCCGAGAUGCGCUCGAAUCAAUUCCUUGUAAACAUGUUUGCAAGCCAGCCCAUUAUUGGAACGAACACAAUGUGGAACGGGUUCCCGAUCGUUACGGAGGAAUUCUGGCUUUCCGAUUCGGCUUCUGCUUUGGCAGAGUUCCUGUUAUAUAGGAGUUUCCUAUAUAACUAUGCUGCCACCGAGAUUCGGUCAGCUGCGAAGCUCGGCUCACCAACUCUCCAAACUGAGAUUAUAUCGACACUUCUGGGUACCUCGCGCGUGGAGACUGGCGAAACUGUUCCCCACGUGACUGUGUUCGAUCUCUUUGACUUUGCAGACCUGGAUAUCGCGCAUCAAUUGUCGCCACCCAAUCUUAUUUUUCUCGAUGGCCUAGACCUCGAAGUUUGUGCUAAGCCGCAAGCGGAUGAGUCUCUCGUCCUUUACGACGUGGCUGAAAUAGAGGAGCUUAUCCAAGUAAGAAAGGAAGACUUGUUGGACAACGGCCAGUUUCGGCCUCAAGACGAGGAGCUUUUCCUGGUCGAAGCUGGAAACUUGACCUUGUUCGUUCAGUCGACGAACAAAAACAAACAGAUCGGUCAUAACCGCUAUCUCACUCUCCGGUCAUGGACCGAACUCAUCACGACUAUGGUAACUUACUCUAAUAUCGAUGGUGGGCGCCGUCCGACUUUCAUCCUUCACUCCAUCCAGAUGAUUCUUCCAAAGCUGGAAACAGCCGUUGAGGAAGAUCUCCCGGAGGCGAUCGAGCUGGCACGACUGGCUGAGACGCUGAUCAGUAACCUGGAAUUGACAACGUCAAACGCGAAGUCCACGCGAAGUGGGGAUAUAAUCGACGACAAGCUCCAUCAGUUGUUCCAGAUUUGUAUCCGUGGUAUCAUCCUGGCCACUGGUAACGUGAGUCUACGGGAGACAUUCUACAACAUCUGCUCCCACUACAUCACGCGGAUCGCAUCUCCUGACCCUGCCCAUGAGAAUUUGAGGCGCCACAGCCAGCAGGUUGUCAAGACGGCUGGUCUUGCGCUUAUUGAAGCCACUUGCGACGAUGCAUACUCCGGACAAGAGACAUGUCGGGUAUCUGCGCUUCUAUUGCUCAACCUCCUCGCCACCCUAGACAACCAAGUAGAUUCCAUCUUGGCGGAGUCAAUAUCGCAGUCGAAUUAUUUGGCUUUGUUUUUGGACGCUAUUCGGGCGCUGCCAAUCGAACUUCGAAACGCCCAAGCAAGCGACACGCCUCUCCUGUUAUCAUUCUACCAGUCAUUACUAUCACUACUUCAGCAGCUUUGUCAAACGAAGAAUGGAGCGAUCCAUGUCAUCAAGACUGGGCUUUUCGAUGCGGUCCGUGAAUCGCAGCUAUUCGCUGCUGACCCUGAUAUCGGCAUUGAUAUUGAUAAUCCCGAUGCUCUCCGAAAAUACUAUGACCUUCUCCUUGCCGUCCUUCGAGUCAUCGUCUCUGCCGUCUUCGUGCGAGGACUUCACAACGAGCAGAUUAUGGAGCAAACACGUGCAUUCCUUGCCGAGAACCGGCAAAGUAUGAUUGGCAUCUUCAAGCGCUUUGCUAAAAUUGGGGGUGCUGGUUCUGCAGACCACCAAGAAACGAUCAGUGACUUGACUAAAUCGUAUAUGGCGCUGGUGGCUGCUACGGGCUUUUUGGAUAACUCGAGAGGCGCCACCGAGCAAAGGACCGGUAAGCGCAAGUCGAUUGGCAAGAGAAAGAAUUCCGAAGAGGAAUCAUCAUCAUCAUCUCAGCGUCAACAACCACAACACCCUCCUCCGCAACAGCAGCAGACCAUUUCAGAGCUCCUGUCUAGAAACCAGGAUAGAGGCCAUCCGCCAUAUCUCUCCCCCAAGCGUGCUCGAUUAUCGCCCACUCCUUCGGAUUCGUCGUCAUCAACCCGACCGCAAGCGUUGAGAUCCCCGAGUAGUAUGUAUAAUUUCUCGAAUUCGGAUUCUAGGGCAGGCGGGGCAUUUGGGCAGAGCUCGUCUGCCUCCAACCCAACGGCCAACGCUGGCCCCGCCUUUGCGACAGCCCGUCAAAGCAACUUCACACCACAUACCGGCGCAAGGAAAUUAUCCAUCAAGAACCUCCGGACGACUCCACGGCUGAACCAGGAUUCAUACUUUGAGAAGGUAUGGGGCCAGUUGGAUACGGCAUUGGGUGCCGUCUUUGGCGGCGGGAAACCGGAGACAUCGCUGGAGGAACUCUACAAAGGCGCCGAAAAUGUAUGUCGCCAUGGGAAAGCGGCGGCUCUGGCCAAGAAAUUGCAGGAUCGCUGCCGAGAACAUGUGUUGGGGAAGCUACGGGAGACAUUGGUCGCGAAAGCUGGAGGUGGCAGUGACAUUGAUACCCUACGAGCUGUGGUGGACACAUGGGAAACAUGGCAAUCAGAGCUGGUAACGGUUCGCUGGAUGUUCUACUACCUCGACCAGUCGUUCCUCCUUCACUCCAAAGAGUUCCCUGUCAUCCGCAAAAUGGGAUUGCUCCAGUUCCGAUCACACAUAUUUUCCGAUGCGAUAUUGAAACCUAAGAUCUUGCAAGGCGCUUGCGACUUGGUGGGGGCAGAUCGGAGUGAAGGCAACAACACCAUGGCCGACUCGUCCUUGCUCCGUAACGCGACCGACCUGUUCCAUGGUCUCGACGUGUACAUUAGUGAUUUUGAACCGCUUCUGGUUUCGCAGUCGAAAGAAUAUUUCUCAUUAUGGACCCAGCAGGAGACUACUGGGUACCUUGCUACGUUUGUGGAGAACAGCCAUCGUUUGAUCGAGCGGGAAGUGAACCGAUGCGAACUCUUCUCUCUUAGCCGGAGUACGAAGCAGAAGCUAUCGGAGAUUUUGGAUGGAGUUUUGCUAAGUCAAGAGGAUUUCUUACUUGACAAGAAAGACAUCCUCGGACUGCUACGGGCCAGCAACAAGACGGCAUUGGAGAAAUUGUAUGCUCUGUUGGAGCGCAAAGAUAUUGGUGGCUGGCUGAAGCCGGCUUUCGGAAGCUACAUUGUGGAAGAAGGCAGUGGAAUCGUCGCUGACGAGGACAAGGAGGGGGAGAUGGUACCACGGUUGCUGGAAUUCAAGCGACAGCUCGACGACACAUGGACGGAUUCGUUCCAUCGCCAUGAGGAACUGGGACAUACGCUGCGAGAGUCUUUUGACGCUUUUAUGAAUAAGGACUCGAAGAUGGAGACGAAGAUGGGAGAGAUGAUUGCCAAACACGUGGACCGGCUUCUGAAAGGUGGAUGGAAGUUACCCACAGGACGGAAACCGGAGGAUAUGCCACUUGCAGAUGAAGAUGCUGAGAUCAACCGCCAGCUGGACCAGGUGCUGGAUCUGUUCCGGUUUGUGCACGGCAAACUGGUGUUUGAAACAUUCUACAAGAACGAUCUGGCGCGUCGGUUAUUGAUGGGACGAAGUGCCAGUGAUGAUGCGGAGAAGAGCAUGCUGACGAAGCUCAGGACAGAAUGUGGGUCGAGUUUCACGCACAACCUCGAAUCAAUGUUCAAGGACAUGGAUGUUGCGCGCGACGAGAUGGCAGGAUACAGCUCGAUUCAACGCGAGCGGAGACACCGGUUGCAGGUUGAUCUGAAUGUCAACGUGUUGUCAGCAUCAUCGUGGCCGACAUACUCAGAUGUGCAAGUGCGGAUUCCGCCUGUCGUGGCAACGGCGAUCAACGACUUUGAGCAGUUUUACCAUAACAAGUACAAUGGACGGAAACUUCACUGGAAGCAUCAACUGGCGCAUUGUCAAUUGCGAGCACGGUUCCCGAAGGGAGUCAAGGAAUUGGUGGUCAGUUCAUCGCAGGCGAUUGUGCUGUUGCUGUUCAACGACGUUCCCGAGGGUGGGACGCUGCAGUACUCUCAAAUCCAGGAAGAGACGCUAUUGUCGGAUGUGGAACUGCAACGGACACUACAGUCACUAGCGUGCGCCAAGUACCGGGUACUAAGCAAGCGACCGAAAGGUCGGGAUGUGAACCCAACAGAUGAAUUUGCAUUCAAUGAUGCCUUCACAGACCCGAAAAUGCGGAUUAAGAUUAACCAGAUUCAACUGAAGGAAACGAAGGAGGAGAACAAGACAACGCACGAGCGGGUUGCCGUGGACCGACACAUGGAGACACAAGCGGCGAUCGUGCGAAUCAUGAAGAGCCGCAAGACCAUCACACACGCGGAAUUGGUUGCGGAAGUGAUCAAGGCGACGCGAAGUCGGGGGAUGUUGGAGGUGUCAGAAAUCAAGGAGAAUAUAGAGAAGUUGAUCGAGAAGGACUACAUGGAGCGGGAAGAGGGCAAUCGGUACCAGUAUGUGGCGUAAUGGUUGGAUAUAACAUUUGAAUAUAGCGGUGUCUAUACAAUAAUAGAUGGUGAUGCAUGACAAGUAUACAAAGACUAGGAUAUGAGCGUAUGCACUCCAGACUCGGAACGGCUCCGAGAUCGGUGGAUCCGGGGUCUGGGGAAGCUUUGUUCUAGAAAUUCCAUUGUGGUGAUUCAUUUAAUCAUAGAACAUCCUUGUGUUCUAUAGCAGAGUACAGAG